AUGGUCAGCUCGUGUUGUGGCUCCGUCUGCUCUGACCAGGGCUGUGGCCAAGACCUCUGCCAGGAGACCUGCUGCAGCCCCAGCUGCUGCCAGCCCACCUGCUGCAGGACCACCUGCUGCCGCCCCAGCUGCUGCAUGUCCACCUGCUGCAGGCCCCAGUGCUGCCAGUCUGUGUGCUGCCAGCCCACCUGCUCUCAGCCCCGCUGCUGCAUCUCCAGCUGCUGCAGGCCCCAAUGCUGCCAGUCUGUGUGCUGCCAGCCCACCUGCUCUCAGCCCCGCUGCUGCAUCUCUAGCUGCUGCAGGCCCCAAUGCUGCCAGUCCUCCUGCUGCCAGCCCACCUGCUGCAGGACCACCUGCUGCCGCCCCAGCUGCUGCAUGUCCACCUGCUGCAGGCCCCAGUGCUGCCAGUCUGUGUGCUGCCAGCCCACCUGCUCUCAGCCCCGCUGCUGCAUCUCUAGCUGCUGCAGGCCCCAAUGCUGCCAGUCUGUGUGCUGCCAGCCCACCUGCUCUCAGCCCCGCUGCUGCAUCUCUAGCUGCUGCAGGCCCCAAUGCUGCCAGUCUGUGUGCUGCCAGCCCACCUGCUCUCAGCCCCGCUGCUGCAUCUCCAGCUGCUGCAGGCCCCCGUGCUGCCAGUCCUCAUGCUGCCAGCCCUCCUGCUGCCACCCCAGCUGCUGCAUCUCCAGCGGCUGCAGGCCCCCGUGCUGCCAGCCCUCCUGCUGUGGCUCCAGCCCCUGUGGCUCCAGCUGCUGCCACCCCUGCUGCUGCCUGCGCCCCGUCUGUGGCCGGGUCUCCUGCCACACCACUUGCUACCGCCCCACCUGUGUCAUCUCCACCUGCCCCCGCCCCACGUGCUGUGCUUCCUCCUGCUGCUGA